AUGGAGGCGCACACGGAUAGGGAUGCAAGCUGCUGCAACACCAUCACGGAAGCGCUGGCAGCGCUGCGGCAGGGAAAGCCCGUCGUGGUGAUGGACGACCUUGACCGCGAGAAUGAGGCAUGUCGUGGAGAUUUGGUGGUGGCAGCCGAGUUUGCCACCAAGGAGUCACUGGCGUUCAUGUGCCGUCAUUCGUCAGGCCUCCUCUGCGCUCCCAUCACCGAGCAGAGGGCGCGGGAGCUUGACCUGGCGCCGAUGGUGACAACCAAUACGGACCGCAACAGCACCGCAUUCACCGUGUCCAUCGACGUACUGGAGGGAACAACGACUGGCGCAUCUGCUGGGGACAGGGCCCUGACGGCCCGCGCGCUCACCAGCGCCUCCGCUACCCCAGCCUCGUUCUCACGACCCGGGCACCUCUUCCCGCUCGUCGCACGCGAUGGUGGCGUGCUCGUGCGCAACGGCCACACAGAGGCAUCGGUGGAUCUGUGCCGCUUGGCAGGGCUGCAACCGGCGGCAGUCAUCGCAGAGCUCAUGCACCCAUGUGGUGACAUGAUGCGCUUCGAUGCCUGCAGGCAGUUUGCAAGCACCCACGACCUCCCCAUCAUCACCAUCGCCGACCUUCAGGUGUACGUGCGUGACCAGCAGCAACAGCGCCAAUAUGAGGAGGCUACGGAGAAGCAGGAGCCUGGCCACACUGCUCUCAACACCAACCUUCCAGACUCCGUCCUCGUCAAGGUGUACCGAGAAGUGGGCACAGACCUUGAACACGUUGCUCUUGUCAAAGGCGACAUCGCCAACAAGCCGGACGUCUUGACACGUGUGCACUCGGUGUGCUUGACAGGCGACGUGUUCCACAGCCUGCGCUGCGACUGUGGGCCCCAACUGCAGGCGGCACUUGCACAGAUCGAUACUGCUGGGUGUGGGGUGCUGGUUUACAUGCGUGGGCACGAAGGUCGCGGCAUUGGUCUUGGCAACAAGAUCAAGGCCUACGCCCAGCAGCAGCAACAUCGCCUCGACACGUACCAGGCGAACGAGUCGCUUGGAUUUCCGUCGGAUCUGCGCACGUACGAGAUUGCCGACGCAAUUCUGCACAGCCUCCGCCCAGCCAGCGUGUGCCUGCUUACCAACAACCCACUCAAGCCCACCGCCCUGGCUCGCGUGCGUGUGUCACACGUCAAACAGCUGCGGCUCGCGCCGUCUCUGACCAGCGCCGCGUACGUGCUGGCAAAGCACAAGCGCGAGCAAGAGAUUGCCACUGCUUUGCGCAGUACAGUCGUUGGUGGCAGCGCUGGGGACCUUGCGGCCAUUGUCGCAGACGACAACUGCAAAGACACACGCAACAAUGACGGCAGCAGCAGCAGCAACAACAACAACAACAAUAGCAGCGGCAACAGAUGUGUGGUUGACGAGGACCAUCUGCACGAUAGCAGCCGCGGCUCUACAGCAUCUCCCAACACCAACGCUUCGUCCCCCACGCCAGCAAGCACACCCGUUGCAUCGAUUGGCGGUGAUGUCAGCGGCGUUGCAGUGACAGUGUCCAGCGCAGUCACCAACGCAAGCUGCUUCUCCAACGCCAACAACGUUACCACGAGCAGCAUCGACACCACCACCACCACCACCACCACCACCACCAGCGGCAGCAGCAAGGGGUUGCUCGCGUCAUCGCCGGCAUUGGAGCUGCCGCCACAUGUCCUGGAUUGCCUGCAAGCAAACGCGACGCAAGUGCCAGCGGCCGUUGACGAGCUGUUCAUGCGGCGCGCGCUGUCCCUGGCGCGGCUGGGCCGUGUGAGCGCGCCGCCAAACCCUUGGGUUGGCUGCGUGCUUGUUCGCGACGGCCACGUCAUCGGCGAGGGCUACCACCGGCGCGCUGGCAUGCCGCAUGCCGAGAUUGAGGCCAUGGCCGACGCCGUGCUGCGUGCAGGCAUCGACAUCAUGGAGCACGGUGGCGCCGCUGCUGCUCUCGCUGACACGCCGUUUGCGGCCUUUGCCAACACGGCUGCCGCCCAGACGCACAGACUGCUGCAGCGGGGCAAGAGCAAGCGUGCUGCGAGUGAGGCCAAGUCCACCACUGCGAAGACCCCAAGCGCAUGCACGUUGACCACUGCUACGGGUGUGGUGGAAGCGGUGCGAGCUGUACUAGCUGGCGCCACGGCGUACGUCACGCUGGAGCCCUGCCACCACCAGGGGCGCACGGGCCCAUGCGACCAAGCCCUUGUGCAGGCCGGCGUUGCACGCACGGUGAUUGCGGUCACGGAUCCCGACGAGCGGGUGUCUGCGCGUGGGCUGGCGUUUCUGCGCUCGCGUGGCGUAGAGGUUGCCACGGGCGUGUGUGGGGCGGAGGCGGAGGCGCUCUUGGCGCCGUACCUACACCAGCGGCGCACGGGCCGACCCUUGUGCGUCAUCAAGACUGCGAUCAGCAUCGACGGGCGCGUGGCGUGCAAGGACGCCACCUCCAAGUGGAUUACGGGGCCGCUCGCUCGCGCGCGCGCACACAAGAUGCGGGCGGAGUCGCAGGCGGUGUUGUGUGGCAUCGGCACGGCGCUUGCCGACAACCCAACUCUCAAUGUGAGGCUUGCGCUGGCCUCGCUCCCGCCCGGAGAGCGCGCUGCGUUUGCACCUGCCAUGCAUGCAGCUUCACCGUCGCCCGUGACUGUCGCUGGCGCGGGUGCACACUUCGGAAGGGGGAUGCCGCUUGUACGGGUGGUGCUGGAUGCAAGGGGCCGCUUGUUCGAGGGCCGCCUCCUUGACACGUCCAUUGCGCCCACCAUUGUGUACACGAGCCGCGACUGCUCUGCACAGGCGCUCAAGACCUGGGCCGCGCAUGGGGUGGAGGCUGUGGUCGUUGACACAGCUUGUGCCAGUGGUUACGCUGGCGCUUGUAGGGGCGUUGACACUCGUGUUGGCGGUGACGCUGCGGCGCCAGUGCUGCUGGAUCUGAUGCAGGUGCUGCGCGACUUGGCCAAGCGCGGUGUGCUGCAAGUGCUUGUGGAAGGCGGCGCGCAGGUGCACUCGUCGUUUGUGCAGCAGGGGUUGGGCGACCAGCUUGCGGUGUUUGUGGGGCCGAAGCUGCUUGGCGGCACAGCUGUGCCCUGGCUCCCUGACGAGCUGGCAUCCACCAUGGCACACGCGCGCACCUACUCGCUUGUGCGCGUGGAGACGUUUGCUGCCGCUGCACGUCAACAACAGGGCGACGGCACCGACAGCAGCGAACACAAACAGGGCAAGGAGGUGUCCACGGGUGGCGACAUUCUCUGCGUGUAUCGCAAGGCUGAUUGA